AUGAAAUUAUAUAGAUUGGACAGCACUAAUGUUGCACUCAAAAUGGAUGCUAAUAUUGACGAGAGCAAAUAUAUCGAAGGAGAAACUAUGAAGAUUAUAAAGAAGAGUAACGAUGUUAAAUAUUCAUUUGCAAGUGUAUUUGCUACAGGUUUCACUUAUAAUGUCCAUUUCAAAUUCGGAGCAAGUGAUCCAUUAAGCAUGGGUAUCUUUGCAUCCCCAUACUUCAAUUAAAAUGACAAUGCUGUUAUUCUUAGAUUCAAUUACUCUGCCAAUAGAGAAACAUUUGAUAUCAUGAGAAACAUUGGAGGAUAAUUCCCAGUAAAUUACACAAAAUUGGAAUAGGUUCCAGAUACUAAAACUUGUAAUUAAGGUGAUUGGUAUAAUGAUAGAACAAAUAAAUUAUUCUUCAUUUGCUUGUCUGGUAAGAAUAAGAAGAAGUCAGAGGAGUUAUUUGUAGAGAUGAGUGUGAUAGCUUAGGAGAUGUACCAUUGGAAGAUGGAUAUAGAUAUUGGAGUGAUCCAACCACUUGGAUAGAUAACAAAGUGCCUGUUUGAAGGAGAUAGUCCAAUCGUACAAGCAGCAUAUCAAGUCAUCUUGGAUGUUGAUCCUCCUAAACUUGCUAAUCUAACAAUUUUGGGAUCAUUAAUUUUUGAUGAGAGAAGAGCAUCAACUAAAUUAGAAGCCGAGAGAAUUUGGGUUAGAACAGGAAAAUUAUUAGCUGGUAAUUCAACCAAUCCAUUCCCUGGAAAGAUCUUAAUUUAAUUGAAUGGAGAAUUCGGUGAUAGUCCAUUAGUAAUUGAUGCUAAUCUAGAUGUUGAGCUAUGGAAUUGUACUCAACCCCACCUGGAACAGUAUGGACUAGAUUGGCAGCAUAUGCUGAUGCAGGUGCAACAACUGUUACAGUAGCAGAGUGUGCUGGUUGGGCUGUAGGAGACUGAGAUUGUAUUUGGUCCUUCAGGUAGUGAUCCAGAACAAAAGGAGAAGAGAUCUAUUACAGCUAUUUCUGGAUGUGUUUUAACAUUGAAUUAGGCCCUAGAAUUUGAUCAUUACGGAGCUCCAUCAGUCACUAUUGAUAAACCUGGAAUUGGAAAAUUGGAUAUGAGAGCUGUUGAGGAGAUAGUGUUCAUGGUUUGGGAUGCAGAAGCCAGGAGCUAAUUUAGGAUUCCCAAGAAGAGGAUACACUGUUUUACAUGGGUGUUGAAUUCAACAAUUGUGGUCAAAUAUGAUACUCAAAGAAGUGGAUUAGAUUUCAGAAAUCUUAAUAGUGAUAUUAUCAAGACUCAAAGUGAAGUAGUUGGCUGUUCAUUCCAUGACACUACAGGCAUGUUAUUGACCAUCUAAAAUUCAUAAUACAUUACAAUCAAAAAUAACAUGUUCUACAAUGGUAUCAAAGCUUUGGUGUAGAUCAAUAACAGUUAAUAUGUGAAAUUCUAGGAUAAUGCAUUGAUUUAUGUGAAGAAGAGAAUAUUAAAUGAAGGUGGCCUUGCUAAUUGGGCUGUAUUUGGUAACUUUGUUUACUCGGAUGAAUUGGUACCAACCCAAAUGAGAAGAGAUAUUUUUGAUGUGUCUGGAAAUGUUGGACAAGGAUCUCAAGACACUGGAUUCUUUGUCAUGGCAAGUAAAUGUUCAGAUGCAUAUUAAUCAUCAUUCUAUAACAAUCAUUGUUCAAGUACUGUUUUGGCUUGCUUUGGUGUGAGACAAGACCCAGAAGGCUAGUGUUCAUACAUUUAAGGAUUAUCUGCUCAUCAUAGUGAAGUGGGUAUUAUGUAUGCAAUUUACAGUGAGUAGAUCUAACUUGAAAAAUCAAUUGUAGUUGAAAAUGAUAGAGGUAUAGCCUUGAAACCCGCUCCAAAUAGCAUCUAAGAGAAUAAAAUGAAGCUGACCAAUAUCUUCAUUUCAGCCCUUGCUAGACCAGAGUGCGUGAAAUGCUAUUCUGCUUCUCUUAGUCCUAAUUGUUAAGGCUAAAUGGGUAUUUAAAUGGGUACUUUGACUUCAUCAGCAUUCCCUCCUAUUUCGACAAAAAUAUCUUCAGCAUUUGAUACAAUAUGUACAAUCUAAAGACUCGAUCUCAAAGUCUACUUAACAAAUGUUGAAUUCCAUAACUUUAGAUUAACUUAUGAUAACCUCCCUAGAUGUAAGAAUAAUGCUGCAUUCAGAUAACACCAUGGAGCACAUGAUAUGACAGGACAACAUUACUUAGUAAACUCUCCAUGCACUAAUUGUGAAUUCAAUGCUCUAUUGUUCAAAUCAAGAAAUCCAGAUGCAGGUAAAUUAGGAUGGUUUGGAGGGUGUGGAUCAUUUUUAUGCACAGGAUAAAUCAACUUUUUGAUAGAGGAUUAAACUGGUCACUUCUUUGGAUAAAUCGGACAAGGUAUUGGUAAUAACACAUACUUUGGCCCAAAUGUCACCUAUUGUUCAAGACAAGAAUCUUGGAAUGGAUAUUGGUGUCCAGGCAGAUAGGCCACUGUUUUGAUGUUUAUGAGUACGGCUGCAGACUAUAACAAGAGAUUAUAUUCGCCAAUCAAGUUGACUGACGGAUUAUUCUUUAAUGAAAUUAACAGUUUUGCUGAGUGGAUGUGGGAUGGUCCUGAACCAUUAAAUUUGAGAGAAUCCAAAUUCGUCGGUCUAGUAUCAGUGAAUACAGUGAUCAACAUGACAAAUGCAGGAAUGAAUCCAACUUCAUCUGAAUAUUGGUUAUCAAAGAGAUCAGAGGCAGGCAGUCCAGAAGAUUGGGUUAUAUUGAAAUGGUAAUUCUCUGUCCCUUAAAUUAUCUAAGUCAUGGUCAAUAAUAAAGUUGUAUAACCUGGACUCACUACAAAUAAUAAGCAUCAUGAUCUCCUGACAAUGACUAAUCAAUGUGGUGCCAAUAACUACUUCUUUGAAAAUAGUACUAUUCAUUUUGUGUUGACUGGUAAAUUGGAUUGCAAGAUCAAAAUCGCUUUGAAGAAUACUCUCUAAAUUUCAACAAGACUUGAAAUAACCUCAUCAGAAUUCUUUGGCGAUAAAUUCCUAUAAUAUGCAAGAGCACAAAUUGGAGGAGAUCCUUACAACUAUUUCAUCAUUGGAACCAAGAAAUACAGAAGAAGAUUUUUAGAUGAAUCCACAACUUCAUCUAUUGUUAUUGAUUGGGGUAUUGCAGACUCUGCUGAAAUUGGUUCUAAUGAAGGCAAAUAAUCUUAAUCAAGACUAGCUGAAAUGGCUACUAAACUAGAAUCCUUGGGAAUUUCAGAAGGCUUGUAAGAAUUAGGAGUUGUUGGUCUCAAACAUGAAUCCACCACCAUUUCAUCAAUUUCAGAACUUAAUUUCAAGAGCACAGAACAAACAUCAGAAAUUAUUCUAGUUCCAGGAGGAAAUACAAACAAUAACAAUGGAUAAGGAAACAAUAAUGGCAAUAAUAAUAAUAAUAAUAAUAACAAUGGUAAUAACAAUAAUAACAACAAUAAUGGAAAUGGCAAUUCGUCAAAUAAUAACGAUGAUUUGGUUCUAGUGACUGAUGAAGGAGUUAAUCAAUCAGAUAGCAGUGGUAAUUAAAAUAACAACUCUACUAAUCCAGGAACCAUCUAAAAGUCUAUUAAGAAAUCAGAUAACAGUUCUACAACUGUGACCAUUGUUGUAGCUGUCAUAUGCUCUGUGGUUGGUGUUUCAUUAAUUAUUGCUGGUCUACUUUAUUAUAAGAAACUUAAAUUGGCUAAAUUAAUGGCUGUUAGAAAUCAAAAAGUAGACAACGAAUUCUUCAAAGCAAGUAUAACCGAUUAAUAACCCAUCGAAGCUCCAUAAGACUGAUUAAAUUUAGACAAUAUUAAAAAUAAUUUACAAUAAUCUUAUUUCAAGUGAAGAUUUGAAA